GUCUUCAAGGCAGAAUUAAAAAUCCUCCAAAUAAAUAAAUGAGGCUGUGGCACAGACAGAAUAGAGAUACACAUUAGGAAGCCCAUUUGCAUCUUCCUAACUAAUCAAUGUGCAUACGAAUGGUAUGUCUCUGAUGGGGGCAGAAGGGAGGGGGGCAGUGUUGCCUUUCUUAGUGAUUCAUGUCCAAGAAGCAAAAUCCAAACUCUGCUAAGUGUGGGUGAAUGUAAUGUGACUAAGCAAGUUUACUGGAGAAUGUGCAAGUAGUAAGUGCAUUUGGGUGAAUAUUUGCCCUGGCAUGUGUCAGAAAAAGGACAGGAGGGCCUAGACAGGGUCAGGGGCUAAGGUGCAUGCAGAGGCCAAGCAACUUGGCUGUUCCAAAGCAAAGGAGAUCAGAUUUCAAGCGAGGCAUGAAGCCUGGGGCUGCAGCGGGACAGGAGGUGGGCGCUUCAGGACUGUUUGCAGGCAGCAGAAGUCAGGUUUAAAAGAAUAAUCUUCCAUUUAGGCAUUUGUUUAUUGUUCUUAACUAAGCAACUCAGACAGCAGCUCAGCAGACCUUCAUCCACAUGGACUACCCAGGGAGUGGAUUAGAAGAGAGACGGAUUUCCAAGAUGGGGGCACAAAUAGAUGUCUAUACAGCUGUCUUUGGGAUAGGGGCAAAACUUUAAGAAACCUUCAGAAGAGGAUCUAAAAGCAAAGGUACAGCAAUUUGUCACAGCUUUCAGGGAUGUUUAUUCAAUUUUCAAGUUUAAUUGACGACCAUGGAAUAUUUUGGCCGGCUUUCUUCCAAGCACUAACUAGCACCUCUUGAUUUUCCAAGGAAACAUGAAAAAGCUUUGGUAUCUCAUCUUCCUGGUCCACUUGUCAGAAGUGUCUACAGCUGAGGUAAUUACAGAGGUUUUCGGUGUUGAAGGGGAACCCAUUUCCAUCAAUUGCUCCUAUAGUCCUCAGGAGAACCAGUGGAGAGAGAAAAGUUGGUGUAAGCACAUAAGUGAGGCAACGUGCCAGCAUGUUGUCAGUGCCCGACGUUUUUGGCUGCCAUUUGUCAAGCGAAGAAAUGGCACCACAGCCAUUGCUGACAAUAUCCAAGAAGGGGUGGUCAUGGUAACCAUCAACCCACUCCAGAAACAGGAUGCUGGUUGGUAUCAGUGUUUGACACGUUUCUUGGGGACUGUGAAGACCCUGCAGAAGGUCAAGGUGAAUGUUCUGACAAGUACAGAGGAUGUACAAGAGAAACCCAGAAUCCUUCACAGCAUCUCCGGCUCUCUUUCAAAUGCUGGAGUCAAUCUCAUCUUCCUAGUGGCUGGCUUUCUUGGUUUCAAACUACUGAUUGCUAUUAUUAUCCUAAUUAUUGCCAGAAGCAAGAAGAGAACUACUGGGAAUGAGAGCAGAGGAGAAAACCAGCAUUUUCACCUCCCAAUCACCACAGGUACCUCAGAAGUUCUCAGAAACAGAGAACUUCCUGGCUCCUAUUGUCAUCUUAAUUAUUACCAGGCGCAAGAAGAACUGAACAGAUCCUGAGAACCUACUAUUUCAGAAGCUCUUGCCAUUCUAGAUGAAACCUCUGUGCCACUUUUAAUGCAGACCGUGAAGCAAUGAGUCAGGCCUCUGAAAUCAUGCAACCAACUGCAGCUCACGAGUUCUUCCAAUGACUCAUUGGCCGGCAUUGCUUUUGGAUUCUAAAUUUUUACAAUAGAUUGCGAUUUCUUUUUUCCAGUCUUUUUUCUAAAUCUCCGUGGUAAAAAUGAAAACUAUUGUUUUAAAAGCAGUGUAAUAUAUUUUUGCUGUUUUUAAAAGAAUAACUCCUAUUAUAGUCAUGGCCAUUGUGCCUCUGCGCCUCAUUUCAUUUUAUUACUCUUCUGCCUGUUCCUGUUUCCAACGUAACAGGAAAGAACCAGCAUGAGUGAAUUUGAUAGAAGAAGAACAAAUAAGAAUUCAUAGAUCAGUAUCCUUGGGUGAAGUCCAAAGACAAGAUGAGAAAGAGUCCAAAUCAGGUGCUUGGAGUUCCCCUUCACAGCCAAAUUUGGCCAACAAGGCCCUGAGAAUCUGAAAUGAAUGUUCCUUGCAGUUAUACUGUUAAUCGCACCAUAUCUUGGUUACCAAGCUGCACAUGUAAAAAUAAAUAUAGCUUUUCUCUUUCUCUCCACUCUUACUAUCAUAACAGAGGAUGGCAUAGAAAAGUAAGAGAUUACAGCAAAAUGUGCAUAUCACCAAGAACUCAGCACAAAAGAAUAAA